GCUCAAAUCCCGGCGCCUUCCCGAUGCUGCUCUCGGCCACGCUGAAAGGUCCGAUGCCCGAGCUGAAAAUAUUGAGCCAGUAAAGACGCCUGGAACAAGCCUUUGCUUCAGCGAUUUUCAUGUUUCAUGACAUACUAGGAAUACUUUCGGCCCGGCGCUGUUCACACCAAUACACAAGCAUACUCGGGACUGCAAUGCGCCUCUCGCAGGCGUCCGGCCGUCCAUGGCGGUGGCAGCUUUCGGUCCAACGCUUGUCCUUGGCCUUGUUGGUCGUUCAGAACUCAGUACUUGUGAUGGUCAUGCAUUAUUCCCGCAACAACCCAACAGGAGGCCAGCCCCGAUACCAAGCCUCGACCGCCGUCAUGUUGGUAGAAGUCAUCAAAUUGCUAGCAAGUCUCAUGCUUGCCGCUCAUGACACCUUCACGUCGCAUCCAGAUGCUCCAACAUCCACGAUAACACUCCACCUCUGCCACUCCAUCUUCUCGCCAGACAGUUGGAAGCUCAUCGUGCCGGCAGCCCUCUACACGCUGCAAAACUCGCUGGUGUACACAGCCAUCAGCAACCUCGACACCGUCACGUUCCAGGUCACUUACCAACUCAAGAUUCUCACCACCGUCCUCUUCAGCAUCCUCUUGCUACACAGGUCCAUCUCUCUGCGGCAAUGGCUCUCCCUUGUUCUGCUCACCCUUGGCGUUGCCCUCGUCCAAGUCUCGGAUCGGGCUAUUAUCUCUGAGAAUUGGCUAGAGCAGCUGGCAUCUGUCAUCCGCGGCGGGUCCAUGCCCACUUCCAACGCUUCCAAGGGCCUCAUGGCCGUGGUCGGCGCCUCGCUCACCUCGGGCCUAACCUGCGUCUACUUUGAGAAGCUCGUUAAGCUCUCGAUGGCAUCCGUGUCCCUGUGGACCCGCAACGUGCAGCUCUCCUUGUUCAGUCUCUUUCCGGCGCUCUUCAUCGGCGUGCUCUGGCAAGACGGCAGCUCCAUUGCUCGUGACGGCUUCUUCGCAGGAUACAACCCGGUAGUCUGGCUCACCAUCGUGCUUCAGGCCCUGGGAGGGCUCAUCGUGGCUGUGUGCAUUGCCUAUGCGGAUAACGUGGCCAAGAACUUUGCCGCGAGCCUGAGCAUCGUCGUGAGCUAUGCGGCGACGGCGCUUAUUUUCCGGACAACGAUGCCGCUCCAUGCCACCGUCGGUGCUGCCACCGUCAUCGCUGCCACGUAUCUGUUUAACAGCCGACCUACGCAUAGGCCAGUUCUCCCGAUGAGCGAGGACGGACCAACAUCCGAGAAGCCGAAAUCUACACUACGGUAUCCGAGUUGACCACCCUACAGCAAUAAUGUACGGCACCUGCAGUUCCUUUGAUGAUGCGAAUAUGCUUCGAGGCCCACACGCAGGUACCCUUAACACCGCUGAUAGCAACAGCUCACUCUGAGACCGACAUCCACCUGCCCCAACGAAAGUUCCCAUACCACCUUCUCCAACCUCCCUACCCUAAGAAGCCGUAGCAGUCGCGGCGCAGGACUCGGUGACCAGGAACGUGCCCCAGCCCGUGUAGCACUGCCGGCAGGGUGUCGCGGUCGGGCAGACGGUCACGGUCUGCGUGUCAAUCCAGACGGUGGGGCAGCCGCACGAGAUGGUCGCGGG